UAUCCCUCUCGUCCACGCCACGCCAUCCCACCUCGCCACGACUACCACCAACAUGUCUACGGAAACCCAGCAGAUCAAUGUCUCCAACUCCUGGUGCGGUCCCGGCCCAGCGGUUUACGACUUCCGCACCGACACCAUCACAACCCCAACAUUAUCCAUGCUACAAGCAAUCGCGCAAACAACGCUCAUGGACGACGUAUACCAAGAAGACCCGGCGACAACGGAAUUCGAAAAAUUCAUGGCCGACCUAACAGGCAAGGAAGCCAGUCUCCUAGUUAUGUCAGGGACCAUGGGAAACCAGAUCGCGCUGCGCUCGCUCCUGACCCAACCCCCGCACGCCAUUCUGUGUCAUCAGCGAUCGCACAUCCUCAACUCCGAAGCCGGCGGCUGCUCCUCUCUAUCCCAGGCACACAUGCAGCCAUGUUUCCCAGCCAACGGACAGUAUCUAACCCUCGAAGACGUCCAACGAGACGCAGUCAUCAGCAACAACAUCCACGUUUCCCCGACCCGUGUCAUCUCAUUGGAGAUUACCCUAGCCGGCGCUAUCACCCCGCUAGAGGAAGUUCGUCGGAUCUCCCAAUUUGCCCGCGCCAACGACAUCAAAAUGCACCUAGACGGAGCUCGAAUCUGGGAGGCCGUGGCAGCCGGAGCGGGUUCGUUGACCGAAUACCUAGCGUGUUUCGAUACGGCCCAGAUGUGUUUCUCCAAGGGACUGGGCGCACCCAUUGGGAGUAUUAUCGUCGGUCCCAAGAAGACGCUGGAGCAUUGCCGAUGGGUGAGAAAGAGUAUUGGAGGCGGUAUUCGACAGGCGGGGAUUAUCGCGGGGGCGGCCCGCGUGGCCGUCGAGGAGACUUUCGGCAAAGGGCCAAACGGUGAAGGUGGUCGGUUGGCAGAGACGCAUCGGAAAGCUAAGUUGAUUGAGAAGAUGUGGGUCGAGCGUGGAGGUAGCAUCAGUCGACCUGUGCAGACUAAUAUGGUCUUGUUGGAUUUGCCGUAUAGUGGGAUCACGGCGGAUGAAGUGGUUCGGGUGGGCAAGGAGGAGGGGCUCAAGCUUAUGGGUGGGAGAGUUGUGGUGCAUUAUCAGAUUGUUGAUGAGGCUUUGGGUCGGUUGGAGAGGGUCUUUGAUCGGUUGUUGUCGUCUACGGGGAAGAGGAACGGGGUGGUUGCAGAGGCGCAGUCUGUUUAUAGAUAGAUGGAGGCGUUGACUAGGACUUUGGAAUUGUCUUUUUCUCUGGUGUUUUACUAGUUCUGGUUUGG